AUGGAAUCUUUCCUUACAGACCUCAAGAAGGACGUUCAAUGUUCCUUGUGUAAUGAUACAUUGACUGAACCCAAGAUCUUGAAAUGUUUUCAUAUAUUUUGUAAACCUUGUAUCAAAAGACACGCAGAGCUGAUCGAGGACGUCAACGUCUUCAAGUGUCCUCGAUGCAAAUCACUAACUCCUCUGCCAGAACUAAACAGCGUGGAAGAUCUAAAAUCAAGUGUUCUUCAUUCAAGAAUCUUGAAGGGUCUGGCCUUAACAGAAGGCAGAAAAGCUUGUUCUGUUUCUGAGAGCCAUUCUGCAGCCUCUUUGUACUGCUUUGACUGUGAUCGCUCGAUGUGUGACGAGUGCGAACGAAACCAUUCAUUGUUUAUAAAAGACCACAAGGUCAUUCGUCUGGCCGAUUUGAAGAAAGAAGAUAUCGAACUGAUAAUAACGAGAGAAAAGCAUUGUAAAAAUCAUCCAAAUCAAAGUCAAGGUAGUGGUGAGGGACAGCUAAACACCCCUGAAGGUUUAGCAUUUCUGAAUGAUACAGAUUUAGUCAUAGCAGACUGUAAUAAUCAUAGAAUAUGUAUAGUGAACACUACAACAGGGACAUUGGUAAAGACCUUUGGUAACCAAGGUAACAGGGAUGGAGAGUUUUGUUCUCCAAAAGGAGUCUACGUUGAUGACGACGGGAACAUCAUGGUUUGUGAUGCUGGUAAUAAUCGUGUUCAGGUAUUCACAAAAGACGGUGAAUAUCAAUAUCAGUUUGGUUUGAGAGAAGAAGAUGAGUUUUAUCCUGUCGGUAUAGUAACACACGAUAGACUGUUUUACAUCAGUGAUGAUAAAAAUCACGUCAUUCAUGUAUUUGAAAAUAAAGAGGGCGUACCAACUAGAAUAUCGACGAUUGGCGGAGAAGGCAGUGCUGACGGUCAGCUGAAUAGACCAUGGGGCCUGGCUAUCGAUAAGGAUCAUCAUCUACUGUUUUCAGUCUUCAUCGUGAUUGGUCAACUGUGUAAACAGUUCCAGGUCCCAGCAUGGAAAGAGUGCUCGCACUGUAAAUACAUGAUGUAUUCUUCCAGUUCUGUUAGACUAAAGGUUUUUAUGUUUUUCUUGUUUGCUUUCUACAUUAUAUGUGAGUCAUGA